UUUUGUCACCUUACAUCAGCCCGUGGCAUUUCAUUAGCUCACUCCUACCAUCCCUAUAAACUCGCAGAUCGUGGAAUCUCUACAACUUGCGCGAAAAUUUGGAAAACAUCAAGAUAAUGAGGGCUCGUAUAGGCUUCCUGACACCUGCUACCGAGUUAUUCUCACUUUCGGUGGCGGUAUUCAGGCAAUCUUUGUCAUGGGACCCGAAGCAAGCGAGAUCACGAUAUGUCUGGAGGCUGCCUCCGAUAAGUACGCAAAAAUUUGGCCAGUAUAGAUUGGGGUACACGGGAAGGUCCCGGAAUGAGCGAGCACGACUGACACGAUACGUCUCCGAGCAAAUCCAACCUAAUUUCCCAGGAGUGGGGUCGGGCCGCAGAGAGAUCGCCGCCGGUUUAGUUGGAGAAGUUUCGAGAUCGGCAAACAGCCGGCGUUAGGCACAUGCUGUCAGAGAGUCUCGGUGGCUUCUUUCCUUGCGAAGUCCAUGAUUCGUAAGACCAGAUUUGUAGACGGCCCGUUUUCCCCAGCUGGUUUCGCAGAGUUGUGGCAAAACGGAACGUUCCCGUUUGAUGGGUACCGAUUAGACAGGUGCCAAGAGCAGUCAGCACAGCCAUCGAUUUCGUCUCCAUUUCUCCAUGCCGCGGAGGGAAAACGCGCCAUUUAUGGGCAUCUAGAAGCAGUCGCGCUAGGUUAUUUAAGCGCCAGUGGACAUAGCUUGUAAGUCAUCCAACACACACACACCAUGAAGCUCAUUAUUACCGGCGCGACUGGCUACGUGGGCAAAGAGACCGUGUCUCAAGCGUGCAAGCACUCCGGAAUCAGCACCGUGGUUGCUGUCACGCGCAAACCGAUCGCAGCUCCCGAAGGCACGCCUGCGGGCAAGUUCAAGAACGUCGUCGUGAGCGACUACGACCAAUACACAGACGAGGCCAAGAAGGAGUUCGCCGGGGCAAAUGGAUGUAUUUGGACGGUCGGGAUCACGCCUCCCAAAUACCUCGAAGUAGGCGCGGCGGAGGCCAAGCGCAUCUCGCACACAUCUACGAUCGUCGGGCUGCAAGCGAUCGCGGAUUCAGCCCCGUCGAGGCCGUUCCGAUUCUGCUACAUGAGCGGGGGAAUGUCCGUUCGGGACCAGACCGCCGCGGUCGAAGGAGAAUUCGGCGAAUUCUCGCUCAUGCGCGGCGACGUCGAGAACGCCAUCCUCACAUUCGCAGCUGAGCAUCAAGGCUUCGAGGCGUGCUCGGUGAAACCGGCAUGGAUCGUCGAGCGCGCGAAGGUGGCGGAGUCGCUGCAAUUAGCGCAGGAGAGAGGCUGGGAGAUGAUCGUGCUCGAGGAUUGCGCCAGCGCGAUGCUGCAUCUCGCGAUGAAUGGGUUCGAGAAGGAACCGUUGUCGAACGAUGACCUGAUAGAUAUCGCCAAGCGCAUUCAGGCCAUGUAAGCGUCGUCCAUGCUGUUAGUAGUCAGUCUCUGGAAUUGUACCACGCGAAAAGUUCAAAUAAUGAGUGGCACCAUCGCUGCCGACAAUGCAGCAGUUUUGGUGUGUGUCGAGCGGCAUUAUUUGGUUGGUUUCGGAUAUUUCUAUUGGGCACAGGGUGUGUGGAGUUCGGGUAGAUCCCAAAAUGCGAGUUCUAGUCACUUCGAUGAAGACUCAGUCCAUUAGUGAUGUUGUCCACCCUAUAUAAGGUCCAGCGGUCCUCGUUAUGACACGGAAAGCAGCAUGCUCUUGUCAGGACGCAGUCGAUUGAGUUGCCGCGAUCAAGGCCGGGAUCGUGCUCAGUCAUGGACUUGGUCAAGCGAUAUGACUCCUACGGGUUUUACCGAGAGGUUAUCACAAACAGCACAUCAGCGCUCUUUCGGCUACUACAUUACUUGAAUCGUUAGCUUGACACCCGACCGUUCUUCUCUGAUAAUAC